ACACACACAUAUAUAUAGCCAUACCACGGUGUGUAUAUACAGGCUGUGUUGUCUUAAUCCUUCUAAAGGUUACAAGGACUGAUCAGACAAGGACAUUAUCGGUGAAUAUUACUUUCCUCAGUAGAUGUUUAACAUGGCGUGGCUGUGGGCGUUAGUAUGGAUAUCCUUGUGUAUGGUGCUGCCGAUGGCGCUGUCACAGAGAGUAUCGAGUUUACCGAACAGGUGUUAUCGUGAGCCAGAGCCGGCGUCGUGUAAGAUAGGUCGACCGCGGUACUACUUCAACGUGACGACGGAACUGUGUGAGUACACGCGGAACACACGGUGCUCGGGACGUCGGCCGACGUUCUUCUCCACAGCGUCCCAGUGUAUGCAGAGGUGUGGCUGUAGGGCGGACGCCGACCCAGGGCCGUGUGAUGGUUAUAGCACCAGGUUCUACUACAACAGCAGGUACAGGAUGUGUACACCUUUUGUCUUUGGAGGAUGUGGGGGGAACUUCAACAACUUCAAAACCUUCUUCGAGUGCCAAUGGUCGUGUAGACCAGGAUUCUUCUCCUUUGACUCCGACUUUGAAUUCUGAGACCAACAUGUCAUCGAGACACUUUCGCUUAAGUAACACUAAUAUUUAUCCGGUGUGUUCUGUAUCUGUGUACGUAAGUGUGGUUUUAAAGAGGAGCUUCCUGAUUUCUUUCGUUUGUGUUUCUACACAUCAUGAUCUAGUUCUGUUAUUAUCUUCUCGUAUAAAAUGAUAGAUCCAAUUUUGCUUAUGUGUUGAAGCUGUGAUAUAGUUUAUUGUUUGUUAUUGAUUUUGAAUAGUUUUCCUUGCGUGUUGUCGCUGUGGUACAAAAUGUAUAUAUGUAUAUACAUGUAUAGUAUCCUUCCAUGUUGACGCAAUGCCAUACUGUAUCCUUGUUUGUUGCCACUAAGAUAUUUCCUUUCUUUAAUAUUUAGUUAUCCGAUUCUCCUCUUGUAUGUGUAUGUAUACUAAUGCUUGUUCCUUUCUAACACAUAUGAUAAAAAAUAUUGUGUUAUCCAUUUUUUUCUGACGAUCAAUUCUGAAUUUCCUACGACUACAGUACUGGUAGUACAAUGUAUAGUUGAUAAAGAUACCGUACAUAUGUAGCCGAGGUCAAACCUUUUUAAAUAUAUAUAUAUAAGCAAUGUCGCGGAGAUAUCUAUCAUAUGAUUUACACACGUUUACUUUGUGUCAAUGUGCUAGUGUCAAACUCAUUCGGAAUACCCUUUCGUCAUAUUCUACGAAACUAUGGUCACGAACUGUUACUUUACCUCAUAUGUAUUUGCGUCACAACGUCCAUUUUUAGUCGAUUUAAAAUCUCGCCAAAAUUGGUUUGUCUGUUCAUCUCUAUUGCUUAAAUGGUGCAUUUAAAAAAAAAAUUGAAUUAAAACAAAA